AUGCUGGCCCAUUUCCAUGGGAUUGAACACAAAAAACACUACGAUGAGCUUUUUAAAGACCUUGUGAUCAAUGAAGAUGUCAAAGCUGGAAAAAUCUGCUCAAGUCAAUACCUUGUGUUGACUUUCAAUUUUGCUGAUCUUAAUCACUCUCAUGACUUCCAAGUCACAGUGAUCACGCUUAAUGAUAUGAUUAACAAUGCAAUCAAUGAGCAACUAACACAAGAUUUUAUCAAACCUGACAAUGCUAUUUCUAGACUUGAAAACUGUGUUUGGAUCAUUCAGGAAACACCAACAAUUACCUGGAAUGAAUCCCAAUCAUUGUUAAAAGGUUUCUGGGCACAGGCGAAAGCAUGCAUGACAACAAAUGAGAUCAGUAGGUGUUUCAUCACUGGUGUUUCUCCACUUUUGAUGGCUGAUUUUACAGUGGUUUCAAUAUCAUCACCAAUAUGUGCUCAAGGCCCUGUGGGUACCAAUGAUGUGUGGAUCAGAGGAAACCAAGGUCAAAGACAUUUCAAAAUCAUGAAAAAGCAGUUUGGCAACUACCGUUUCUUUCAAUAUGGUGAUGUUCUGUCUGUUUUCAAUACCAACACAUGUCUCAAGUAUCUUCAAUGUAUACAUGAACGAGAAAUUCCACCAGAUCAUCCUUCCAAUUCAGAAUCUUUCAAACUUGAUAAAGAUAUCACCAGAAGUAGAUCAGCAUGGUUGAGCUUUGUGCUUCAUGUUGGAACUGUUCUUGACCAUUACAAGCUCAAUGUUGAUGAUGUUGUGAAAGCUCUGCAGCAGGUUGUAUCAACUGGUGAUAUCUUAGUUCUCUUGGGUUACUACAGACAUUUGGUGAGUGAGCAUGAUGUUGGUGAUGAUGACCUUACAAGCAAGUCUGAGGAAAACCAUUGA